AUGGCGAAGCUGUCACAGGCCAUCGCAGCUGCCGGGCUUCUGCUGAUGGGCCUGGGACAUGCGGCCGCACAUACCGAGCCCUUUACACCUCUUCAUGAAGCUGGCCGUUGCGCAAUGCGAGGCCACUGCGGCUCCAAGAGCUUCUUCGGCAAAGAACUCCCUUGUUCAGACAACGACCCAGCCGAGGAACCCGACCAAGAGUUGAGGGACCUGUUAGUCGAGACUUGUGGCCCCAAAUGGAGCUCAGGUCCUGUCUGUUGCAAUUUGGAUCAGGUCAAAGCCCUCAAGUCGUCUCUCUCGACGCCAAACCAGCUCCUUGCAUCCUGUCCGGCCUGCAAAGAGAAUUUCUACAAUCUCUUCUGCACCUUUACCUGCUCUCCCGACCAAUCACUCUUCAUAAAUGUCACUAAAACGACGGAGAAGAACGAGAAACUGCUGGUGACCGAGCUAGACCAGUUAAUAUCAGAAGAAUACGGAGCGGGUUUCUACGACAGCUGCAAGGAGGUCAAAUUCGGCGCCUCAAACGCAAAGGCAAUGGACUUCAUUGGGGGCGGCGCGAAGAAUCACACGGAGCUUUUGAAGUUCCUGGGCGACGAGAAGCCUUUCGGCUCGCCGUUCCAGAUCAAUUUCCCAAGCAAGUACGCUGAACCAGCCAUGGGCCCCUUGGACUUGAAGGCCAAGAAGUGCGACGACGAGGACCCAAGCUUCCGAUGCGUCUGCGUUGACUGCCCGGCGCUUUGCCCAGAGCUCCCAGAUGUCAAGAAGGCGGGUUCCUGCCAUGUUGGUGCCUUGCCCUGCUUGUCCUUUGGCGCCAUCUUCACCUACAGCGUGCUGCUGUUCUCAUUUGUCGGCGGGGUUGCUGGCCAUGUCGCUUGGAGGAAGCAUGCGCAGCGCCGCAGUGAGAGGUUGAGGCUCCUCACAGAUGCCGCUCCCAGUGAUGACGAGGAUGAGGGCGAUCUUGUGCAGAAUGGUGCUAUGUUCGACCGGCCGCAGAAGUACUACGUGGUCAACACGUGGUGUGACGCGGCGUUCAGCAAGCUGGGCCAUAUGGCAGCGCGGUUCCCGGCCAUCACCAUCUUCACGAGCCUCCUCCUCGUCACAAUCCUCAGCGUCGGCUGGGUCCGCUUCGAUCUUGAGAAGGACCCGGCACGGUUGUGGGUCAGUCCGACUUCUGCAGCAGCGCAGGAGAAGGCCUUCUUCGACACCAAUUUCGGCCCAUUCUACCGAGCCGAGCAGGCCUUCUUGGUAAACGAGACGGGGCCUGUCCUGAGUUACGACACGAUAGUCUGGUGGAUGGACGUGGAGAAGAGCAUUAGACAGCUUAAGGGACCAAAAUUCGGCGCAACUCUCCAUGACGUCUGCUUCAAACCUACCGGUUCAGCCUGCGUGGUGCAAUCCGUCUCUGCCUACUUCGAUAACGAGCCUAGGCUAGUCAGCCCUACGUCCUGGAAGUCGAAGCUGCGGGAAUGUGCCCGCUCUCCAGUCGAUUGUCGUCCAGACUUUGGCCAACCGAUCGACCCCAGUGCCAUCUUGGGUGGCUACGCGGACUCGGGUGAUGUGAUUAACGCCGCCGCCAUGAGUGCCACAUGGGUCGUCGACAACUUUCCCGAGGGCACUUCCAAGGUUUCUCGCGCUAUGGACUGGGAAGAGGCUCUUAAGGCGCGGCUACUUGAAGUUCAAGACGAGGCUGAGAGCCGGGGGCUCAGGCUCUCCUUCUCCACAGAGAUCAGUCUGGAGCAGGAGCUUAACAAGUCGACAAACACAGACGCAAAGAUCAUCGUCAUUAGCUACAUCAUCAUGUUCCUGUACGCUUCGAUAGCGCUCGGAUCUACCACCGUGUCGUUCCGAGAUAUGCUUCGCAACCCGGCUCUGUCACUGGUCGAGUCCAAGUUCACACUCGGAGUCGUUGGCAUCCUGAUUGUCUUGAUGUCUAUCGCCGCAUCUAUCGGUCUCUUCUCCUGGCUCGGACUCAAGGCCACGCUUAUCAUCGUCGACGUUAUCCCAUUCAUCGUCCUCGCUGUCGGCGUCGACAACAUCUUCCUCAUCGUGCAUGAGUUCAAUCGCGUCAACAUCAGCCACCCGGAUGACGUCGUCGAGGUCAGGAUCUCAAAUGCGAUGGGCCGCAUGGGCCCCUCGAUCCUUCUCUCUGCCAUUACCGAGACUUUCUCCUUUGCGCUGGGCGCCUUCGUCGGCAUGCCUGCUGUUAGAAACUUUGCCAUCUACGCUGCAGGAGCAGUGUUUAUCAACGCAAUCUUGCAGGUCACAAUGUUCGUGUCCGUCCUGACACUCAAUCAGAUCCGCGUCGAGGAUGCUCGAGCCGACUGUUUCCCGUGCAUCCAGAUUAAGGCAGCUAGGAUGCAUCUGGAUGGAACCAAUGGAAGCCACGGCGCGCGUUUCUACGAAGCCCCUCAGGAGACUAUGCUGCAGCAGUUCAUCCGGAAGCAAUACGCCCCGAGACUCCUGGGCAAGAAAACCAAGGCCGCCAUUGUAGCCGUGUUUCUCGGGCUCUUCGCGGCUGGCGUAGCUCUGAUCCCGGAAGUCAAGCUCGGCUUAGACCAGCGUGUCGCGAUCCCCGAUGACUCGUACCUGAUUCCCUAUUUCAACGACCUGUACGACUACCUUGACAUCGGCCCGCCCGUGUACUUUGUCACUCGAGAACUGAACGCCACUCAGCGGGAAACCCAGCAGAAGAUCUGCGCCAGGUUCACAAGCUGCGAGCAGACAUCGCUUCCCAACAUUCUUGAGCAGGAGAGGAAGAGGACGGACGUUUCCUACAUCAUCUCGCCAGCUGCAAGCUGGAUCGAUGACUACUUCUUGUGGCUGAAUCCCGUCCUCGACUCCUGCUGCGUGGAGGGCAAGGGGAAGAGCAGGAAGACAUGUUUCGCCAACCGAAAACCAGCCUGGAACGUCACCCUUUCGGGCAUGCCCGAGGGCGACGAGUUCAUUCACUAUCUGCAGAAAUUCGUCAAUUCGCCGACCGAUGAGUCUUGCCCCUUGGGCGGGCGGGCUUCGUAUGGAUCGGCCAUCGUGAUUGAUGCCGAGAGGGGAACGAUCCCGGCCAGCCACUUCCGGACAUCUCACUCCCCCCUCCGCAGCCAAGACGACUUCAUCGACGCCUACGCCUCGGCUCGCCGUAUAGCCUCGGACAUCAGCGCCGAAACCGGCAUCGACAUCUUUCCGUACAGCCUAUUCUACAUCUUCUUCGACCAAUAUGCGUCCAUCGUGUCGCUGACGGCGACACUGCUCGGCUCGGCCAUCGCCAUGAUCUUCGUCGUGUCGACGCUGCUCCUCGGAUCGGUACUCACGGCCGCUAUCGUCACGCUCACGGUGACCAUGACGAUCGUCGACAUCAUCGGCGCCAUGGCGAUCAUGGGGGUGUCGCUGAACGCCGUGUCGCUGGUGAACCUCAUCAUCUGCGUGGGCAUUACGGUGGAGUUCUGCGCGCACGUGGCGCGGGCGUUCACGUACCCGUCGCGGACGUUCAUGGAGCGGGCGCGCAGCCGGUUCAGGGGCCGGGAUGCGCGGGCGUGGACGGCACUGGCCAACGUGGGCGGGAGCGUGUUCUCGGGCAUCACGGUGACUAAGCUUCUGGGCGUGUUCGUGCUCGGGUUCACGCGGUCAAAGAUCUUUGAGAUAUACUAUUUCCGCGUGUGGCUCGCGCUCGUCGUCCUGGCGGCGUCGCACGCGCUUGCGUUCCUCCCCGUGGCGCUGUCGCUGGCGGGGGGCCAGGGAUACGUCGACCCCGAGAGCGAGGGCGGGCUCGAGGACGACCUCGCCAACAGGAGGUAUCGGGCGCUCAUCCGGGACGACUCAGACUCGGACGAGGAUGGUGAUUAG